GGGUGAGGAGCAGCGGGGCUGGAGCAUGGCACGAGAGUCAAACACGGAGGAGGUACACAUCACAUUUUGAAAAGCCGGUUCACUCACCUCACAGAGCCGCACUCAGGCCCGUCACCGUCCGCGAUCUGUGCGUAAAGGCGCACAGCCAAAAGAGAACUUCACGCACUUCCCCCUCCUCCGGGUCUCCACGGUCGGUGGUGGUUUCACACCCACUGGUGCUGCGUUGAGGCCGGUCCGACCCAGAGCCCCGGGUCAUCCAUGAGGCUAGAGGCCGCAGCCAGGAUGGAUGUGUUCCGGAAACUGUGGGCGGCGCGGAAGCUGAUCGUCGUUGUGUUCAUCCCGCUAUUCCUGCUGCCUUUACCGCUCAUCCACCCCACCAGCGAGGCAUGCUGUGCGUACGUGCUGAUGGUGACGGCAGUGUACUGGGUGUCUGAGGCGGUUCCUCUGGGUGCUGCUGCUCUGGUCCCGGCCUUCCUCUAUCCACUCUUUGGGGUCCUGAAGUCCAGCGAGGUGGCAGCAGAGUACUGUAAAGACACCACUCUACUGCUGAUGGGAGUCAUCUGCCUGGCAGCCUCCAUAGAGAAGUGGAACCUGCACAAACGCAUCGCUCUGCGUAUGGUGAUGAUCGCAGGGGCCAAGCCUGGCAUGUUGGUACUGGGCUUCAUGUGCUGCACAGUGUUUCUGUCCAUGUGGCUCAGCAACACGUCCACCACAGCGAUGGUGAUGCCGAUCGCCGAGGCCGUCCUGCAGCAGCUGAUCUGCACCGGCCUGGCCGACGGCCACGUCAACUCGGAAACCGCAGAGGCCCCCGAGGACGACAGCGCUGUUUCAGACAAAGAGGAGAACAUGGACAAAAACCAGCUGGAGCUGCUCUAUCGCAACAACAGCAGCAACUGCAACAAACAGGAGCUCACAACACUGACUGAGGUGCAGACAGGGGAGGGGAAUGGUUUGGGUCUACAGCCAAUCUCUAACCAGGAGUUCAUCAGGCACACCAAUGGACACUUGCCGCAGGUUGCGAUUGAAUUCCCCAACGUGAAGCGUGUGAAGCUCCGCAGAGACUCCCAGUAUCCCACCAAGAGGGAUCACAUGAUCUGUAAAUGCCUGUCGCUCAGCAUCACCUAUGCUGCCACGAUCGGCGGGCUCAUCACCAUCACCGGCACGUCCACCAACCUCAUCUUUGCAGAGCAGUUUAACACCCGUUAUCCAGAUGCAAAGGUGAUAAACUUCGGCACGUGGUUCAUCUUCAGCUUCCCCAUCGCCAUCAUCAUGCUGGUCCUCACCUGGCUGUGGCUGCACUUCCUCUUCCUCGGCUGCAACUUCAGGGAAACAUGCUCGUUGAGUAAGAAACGUAAAACCAGGAGAGAGAUGCUGUCGGAGAGGAGGAUCCACGAGGAGUACGCCAAGCUGGGACCCAUCAGCUACCCAGAGGUGGUGACCGGUGUUUUCUUCAUCCUGAUGACUCUGCUGUGGUUCACCAGGGAGCCGGGUUUUGUGCCCGGAUGGACGUCUCUGUUUGAGAAGAAAGGCUACAGGACUGAUGCGACGGUCUCUGUCCUCCUGGGCUUCCUGCUCUUCCUCAUCCCUGCCAGGCGACCUUUCUCCUCUUCCUCCUCCAGCUGGAGCAACUCAGAGUCCGACCCGAUGGCUCCCAUGAUCACCUGGAAGGACUUCCAGAGACUGAUGCCGUGGGAGAUCGUCAUCCUGGUGGGGGGGGGCUAUGCACUGGCUGCUGGCUGUAAGGUGUCAGGCCUGUCCGUGUGGAUCGGCAGACAGCUGGAGCCCAUGAGUGGUCUUCCUCCGUGGGCCGUCACCCUGCUGGCCUGCCUGCUGGUGUCAGCGGUCACAGAGUUCGCCUCCAACCCGGCGACUCUCACCGUCUUCCUGCCCAUCUUGUCAGCACUGUCAGAGACUCUGCGCAUCAACCCGCUCCACACUUUGAUCCCCUCCACCAUGUGCGUGUCAUUCGGGGUCAUGCUUCCAGUCGGGAACCCCCCCAACGCCAUCGUCUUCAGUUACGGCCACGUGAAGAUCAGCGACAUGGUGAAAGCAGGCUUCGGGGUCAACCUGAUCGGCGUAGCGGUGGUGAUGUUGGCCAUCACCACGUGGGGGGUUCCCCUCUUCAACCUGUCUGAGUUCCCAGCCUGGGCCGUGGCCAGGAACGUCACUGGGAGCUUAUAACCACCGCUGAACACCUGAAAGACUGAGGGAGAGGAAGACAUCGGGCAUGUUUCUGAGAGGAAAGAUGAGAAGAAGACGUCAAGAGGACGGGCUCGCUCAGAGGAAGCUCUUUAUUAGACGGACUAAACUGGACCUGGAGGAGGAGGAUGAGGAGAGCAAAAACAUCAACCUGUUGAUGUAAUAAUUAGUAUUAUAUUGUAAUUGGCCACAAGGGGGCGUUAGAAGGGUUGUUUGUUCACCUCCUGAUAGAGAUUCAAUCACUGAAGAUGUUACUCAAAGCUACAAACACAUUUGUGGUGAUCCUUUAAUUUUUGAUUUAUAAUAGAAACAAGUUGAGGGUUUCAGAGCCAGCAUGCCUUUCAGUGGAUGUUUAGAAAUAAGCCUCUUUUCACUGCUUCCUGAACGUCUGCAGCUCUUUGAACAGAUCACACACAUUAUGGUGACUGAUGCAUGAAGAGGCUUCUACUCAGUGAUGAUGUACUGUAUACACACACGUGCCCGUGUCUGAUGAUGUCUCUCAUGUGGAGUUUUAAGAGGUAAACACUUGUGUAUAUUUAGCCACAAAUUGAAAGCUAAUUAACUGUCAUUGAUGAUCUUUAGAAGUUUCUGCCUGAUGUCUCCACCAAAGUUUCUGAAGCUGAUUUUGUGCACCGUCACACUGUGAACACUGAACCAGCAGCUCGCAACCCCUCGUGCCUUCAGCACAUUACUGCUCACACACUUCACUGUUCGCUCGACUCUGACGGAGCGAGCUUCACAAGCAGAAGUGUAAUUAUGUUCUCUGCCUUAUGAUUUUACAAUAUGAAGAAUGUAAACUGUUAGUCGACUAAUCGUAGCACUGUGUACUUUAUGCUGACUUGAUUAGUGAGUUUUCCUUCCCUUGUCCUGCAGGUUGAGAGGUGAGACACACUCCUGCUUUUCUUAUUCAGAACGUCUGCUUCAUUACUUCUUUGCCUUCAGCUUGUUGGUCAGACGCUGUUUUGUUUUGGUCAUAUUGAAAACAUCUGAAGUCUUCAUAAUGAGAACAGUUUAUCAAAAUCAAGCUAUUAUCACAGCAACAUAUUUUAUGGAAGUGAUAUUAGAAUGUUUGUUUUCUCCUGUGACUGCAAAAAGAAAUGCAGAUUUGUGAGGCAGUCCGUCCGAGUUCUGCGUUACUGUUGAACGCAGCAUCCAAAGUCUUCGAGACAAUAGUUUGUUCAAUCAACUGUCAAAUCACAAUCCUGUUGUCUGGUGGUCAAAAGUUUUGCACACACACAUACAUGCAAUGUGCUGUGCAAAACAAUAUGCUUUAUAUUUUGUACACAUUUUAAAUGCAAUUUGUGGCUUUUUUAUAUCACUGCAUUAUAAUUGUAGGUCAUAGUGUGGGCGGAAUCAAAAGCCUAUGCUUUUAUUUUGUAAUUUAUUCAGUUCUGCUGAAGGUUUCAUACAUCUUGAUGGUGUCACAGCGACACUCACUUGUAAAUAAAUACAGAUUUGUAAUAUAAAGAUAAUGUUCCAUUUUCCAAAUGAGCUGUAAUAUUCUUUAAUUAUGUGUUGUACCUUGAUGUCUCAGACAAAAACUAGUUAGGAUGAUACAAUAUACAUGCACAACAAUAAACCACUAAAACCACUGA